UCGUUCGCACGCAAAUUUCAGCCCCUCAUAAAAAUGUUAAUUGAAAAGUGAUUAAACCCAGUGAAACCUAUACAAAAAUGUGAUAAAUCAAAAGAAAAGUGAAGUGCAACUAACAUAUCAAUUGAUUUCUAAAGAAAUUUGUUCAAAAUGCAUCGGAAUUUGCAAAAGAAAAAUCGGCAAACAACAUAAUUAUGUGGGGCUGCGGUUUUUUUUCGCGUUGUUGGUUCGCCGUGUGUGUAUCCAUUGGUCAUGUUGUUGUUUUGUUUUUGUAGUGCAAAGCAAAUGAGAGAGUGUUAGUGAAACCACCAGUGUUUUCAGAGUUGUUUGUGUUUUGUUGUAAGUCCAAUAUGAAGCUUCGCUUAGUGCAGUUUAUUCACCACAGAAAAAUGAAAGGGAUAACGUCAUCCUGUUCAAUUGGCAAAAUAGUGCUUUCAAUUUAGCAAAAACAAGAACCACAGUAAUGUCAACUUUUGAAUAUUAUGACCAGAAGCUCUACGCUUUCCCAUAAUCAUCAAUCAACAACUUUGCAGCUCGACAAUUUAUAGGGAGAAAACAAUGGAUCAGAGGUCUCCUAGUGAAGCGAUUGAUGCUCAGCGAUGGCGGAGAGAAGGCGCAGCAUUAUUGUUACUUGGGGUCCACAGAGAAGCGGCAAUUGCCACAACGAAAUUUGUCUCAUACAUCAAAAUGGCAUUCAAUGUUCGGCAUAUACCAAGUUUCCUUGUGGGAUCCUUCUAUAUGGAUCUUAUUGCUAUUGUCAAUUUUCUUGCCACCAUUGACUUUUGGUUUGAUAUAUCAAAGAAAAAAUUCAACAUCGAGGAGAGGAUGACUGAUUACGGCUGCAUUAUAGAACAAAGCAACCUGGAUAAAGUCAUUCUUACCAUUUCUGAGCUAAAUGCUACAACAUCUUGUUUACUUCUUGCCACACAAGUGCUUCAGUUAAUUUUAUUGAGUCUUGUGGUUGUGGGCAUCAAAGAGAAACGAUCCCUUCUCAUGGCUCCCUGGGUUUAUUUGAAUAUGCUAGGAUUGGUUGUAGUCUUCUUUAACAUAGGCUAUACAUAUUUUCCCUAUGUGAUAGGUGAUGUUUCAUUUUCUUAUGAAACGCUUGUAGACUUCAUUGAUUUAUUGGCACUCGCCUUUGGAACAUGGUGUGUGGUCUUUCCCAUCUUCGCAUACCACAAGUGCAUGAAUAAAUCGCCAAAAUAUCAGGAAGAAGUUAUGCCUACAACUGAAAUUUAAAUAUUGAAUCAAAUUGGAAAGGUAAAUUAUUUUACAAAUUGAAUUGGAAAA